AGCAUCCUCCUGCUCACAUAUAUAAGGUGCACGCACAGGAGGUGGCAGUCGCUGUGAAAGCCAUCCACCCCUCGCACCUACACACACACACACACACACAUGCACACACCCCCCCACACACACAUAGCACACCCACAUAGCUACUCUCCUGCCUCACUUUUGGUGCACAUCCUCCUGUUAGUUUCUGCACACUUGGCCGCAUGGACGCCAUAGGGAGCCCCUUUAGGAGAGUUAUGGAUGGUAGGACGAGCAGCUACGGCUACAGCCGCUCAGCUGUCACCCCCUCCAGCGGCUUCCGCUCCCAGACGUGGUCCCGGGCGAGUCCUGGCUCCAGCGUGACCACGUCUUACAAGAGGAGCGUGAACAAGCCCCGCAUGGAGAGCAUGGAGCUCAGCCAAAGUUCUCUCCUGAGUGCAGACAGCAGGAACUCCAACGAGAAGGAGCAACUCCAAGGGCUCAACGACCGCUUCGCUGUGUACAUCGACAAAGUGCACUACCUGGAGCAACAGAACAAGCAGAUCGAGGAGGAGAUCCAGGCUCUGCGGAACCAGCAGGUGUCCCGCUCCCAGCUGGGCGACCUCUACGACCAGGAGCUGCAGGAGCUGCGCGCCACUCUGGAGCAGAUUCACCGCGACAAGGCUCAGAUUCAGCUGGACACCGACCACCUGGAUGACGACAUCCAGCGGAUCAGGGAGCGCCUGGACGAGGAAGCCCGCAUCCGGGAGGACACAGAGGCUAUCAUCCGCGUCCUCAAGAAGGACGCCGGCGAUUCGGAGCUGCUCAAGUCUGAGCUGGAGAAGAAAGUGCAGUCCUUGCAGGACGAGAUCGCCUUCAUCCGCAACAACCACGAAGAGGAGGUGAGCGAGCUGCUGGGCCACAUCCAAGCGUCUCAGGUGACCGUGGAGAGGAGGGACCCCCAACGGGCCGACAUCACCGAGGCUCUGCGGGAGAUCCGCAGCGAGCUGGAGGGCCACUCCAACCAGAACCUGCAGCAGGUGGAGAACUGGUUCGUGUGCCACUACGCCAAGCUCAACGAGGCGGCCGAGCAGAACAAGGACGCCAUCAAGUCCGCCAGGGACGAGAUCAGCGACUACCGGCGCCAGCUGCAGACCAAGACGGUGGAGCUGGAGUCGGUCCGCGGCACCAGAGACUCGCUGGAGAGGCAGCUGAGUGACAUUGAGGACCGCCACAACAGCGACCUAGCCAGCCUGCAGGAGACAAUCCACCAGCUGGACAAUGAGCUCAAGAGCACCAAAUGGGAGAUGGCACGCCAUUUGCGUGAGUACCAGGACUUGCUCAAUGUCAAGAUGGCCCUGGACAUUGAGAUCGCUGCAUACAGGAAACUCCUGGAGGGCGAGGAGACCCACUUUAGCACUUUCUCCCAUCGUCCGGCCGUGUCCUCCUCCAAGAUCUCAAGGGUCAAGUCGGAAGCUCCCAGAAUGAAAGUGCAACAUAAGUUUGUGGAGGAGAUCAUUGAGGAGACCAGGGUGGAAGAUGAAAAGGCCGACAUGGAGGAUGCCCUGGCCGAGAUAGCGCAGGAGCUCUCGGCCACACUGGAAGGCAGCGGUGGAGAAGAAGAAGAGGAGGAGGAAGAAGAGGCUGGUGGUGAGGAGGAAGAGGAGGAAGGUGAGGUGGAGGAAGAGGAAGUUAUAGCUGCAACUGAUGCCAAAGUUAGUUCACGUGCACCCGCCAAGGAGGAAAAAGGGGAAGAUGAGGAGGGUGGUGAUGAGGAAGAAGAGGGGGAGGAAGGUGAGGAGGAGGAACAGGAGGAAAAUGAAGAAGAUGAGGGCGACGAGGGGAGCAAAGGAGAGGAGGAGGCAGGUGACGAUGAGGAGGAAGUGGAGGAAACCAUCCUGUGCACAAAAACUCAGGAGUCCAAAGCCUUGCCUGAGAAAGCCAGCGUUGAAGGAGAGGGAGAAGAAGAAGAAGAAGAAGAAGAAGGAGGAGAGGCCAGUGGGGGAGAGGAGGAGGCCGAAGAGGAGGACAAGGAUGAAGGAAAGGAUAAAGCAGACAAGGAAACAAAGGAGGGUGUGGACAAAGGGAAAAAAGAAGAGUCUACGAUAAAAGCUGAGGAAAUUAUUGUAGCCAAAGUUGAAGUUCAGAAAACAGAAGCUGCAAAGCCUGAAGCCAAAAAGGAAGAAACUGUCAAAACAGAACCAGUAAAACCAGAUUCCCUCAAGCCUGAAUCCCCAAAGCCGAGUUCCCCAAAGUCAGAAUCUCCAAAGCCUGGUUCUCCAAAGUCGGAAUCCCCGAAGCCUAGUUCCCCAAAGUCAGAAUCCCCAAAGCCUGGUUCCCCAAAGUCGGAAUCCCCAAAGCCUAGUUCACCAAAAUCUGAAUCACCAAAGGCUGGUUCCCCGAAAUCUGAAUCUCCAAAACCUGGUUCCCCACAGUCUGAAGCCCAAAAGCCCGUAUCUCCCAAAACUGAAUCUCCAAAAGCAGAAUCCCCUAAAUCGGAACCCCCCAAGCCUGGAUCCCCCAAAGAAGACUCGCAAAAGGAUAGCUCCCCAAAAGCAGAGUCCCCUAAAUCAGAAUCCCCAAAUGCCGAAUCUCCCAAGCCUGCGUCCCCAAAAGCUGAAUCCCCUAAAUCGGAAUCUCCCAAGCCUGCAUCCCCAAAAGCUGAAUCCCCCAAGAAUGCAUCUCCAAAGGCCGAAUCCCCUAAAUCGGAAACACCCAAGCCCGCAUCCCUCAAAGAAGAGGCACCAAAGGCUACCUCCCCUAAAGCAGCGUCACCUAAAUCUGAAUCUCCCAAGCCUGCCUCCCCCAAAGACGACUCACCAAAGGCCAGUUCCCCAAAAGCAGAGUCCCCCAAAUCAGAAUCUCCCAAGCCGGCCUCCCCCAAAGAAGACUUACCAAAGGCUAGCUCGCCAAAAGCAGAGUCCCCCAAAUCAGAAUCUCCCAAGCCGGCCUCCCCCAAAGAAGACUUACCAAAGGCUAGCUCGCCAAAAGCAGAGUCCCCCAAAUCAGAACCGGCAAAAGCAGAAUCUCCCAAGACAGAAACAACCAAAUCUGAUGUGCCACAACCUGGCGAAGACAAAAAGAGCGACUCGACAGACGAUAAGAAGACAAACGACGUGGCUAUGAAUGGCGACGUAGACAAGAACAGCCCAGUGGAGGAAGAGAAGAAGGAUGAGGGCAGCAACGUGAUCACUAAUGGUGUGGACGAAAGCCCCAUCAAAGACGACGGCAGCCAAAAGGUGGUGAUCACCAAAACCGUGGAGACCAUCACCACAGGGGAGGACGGUUCGCAGCUGGUCACCAAGUCGGUCACGGUGACCGAGACGGUGAAGGAGGUGGAAGAGGUGCUGCAGGAGAAGAUGGUCUCCACCGUCAAGACGGAGACACACUCCACCCAGUCCAUCAAGCAGGUGACAGAGGGCGACUAAGGCGGAAAAGCGAGAGUAAAGGAUGAGAGAAGACAAGCAAUCAAGCAGAACUAACAUAAGACAACACCAUACAGCUAGAGCCACAUAAUACACAACUUAGAGAGAAGCCAAACAAAUGCUACAAAUGUUAGAAAUGCAUGUUUGCAGACGCACUGAGGGGGCCAGCCAUUCUGACAUUUAUCUUCUUCUGUUCUUUCGGCAGUUCGCUGAUGAGCUUGUGGUUUUUGGGGUGGGCGGGGCUUUGCAUGCUAGCUCAGGGGCUGAAGGAGAGCACUUACCUCUCCUAUGUAUGUACUGUAUGUAUGUUAAGAAUAGACUGUAAAGAGACAUAUGUGAAAGGACACACUGUAAGGCAAGUGGGAUGUUACUUUCUUUUUGUAGCUUAAGUAAAUGAGGGAAGGGAGAUCGGGUGGGGGGAUAGAGGAGGGAGGGGCCUCUGCACACAUGCAUAAUGCUGUGCUGAUGUAGCCUGACUUGACAUACGUGAAGAUAGCAACUCAGCCAAAAAGACACUACACACCCGCCGCAGCGAAUGACAACAGAAUGACCACAUGACCAUACGCAGUACCCCGAUGCUGUUCAUGAACCCUGAGAAACUACUAGCCUUAAACAUGCUUUUUAAUCCAUGUCUGUUAUGUUUACUUGAGUGCUAAUGCAAAGAAACACUGUACUAGUAUAGAGACUUGCAUUCUGGUAUAUGCAUAGGAACGGACUUGAAUUGCAAAACAGAAAUAUGAGGUGCUACUGUUUGCAGUCCCAUGACCUUACUCAUCAACAAUUUCCCAGCAGCAUUUGCUCAAUAAACAUCAUAAUGGUUACA